CGGCCGCGCCUAUCAGACACUGCACCUGUCAUUGCUCCUUGAGCAGCAGAGUAUUUGAUAAGGCAAGGGAAGCAAGGCGGCCGAAGAUGUCGACGUGCGCGGCGAGCCUGGCGCCGCUGCUGGGCACGGCGGCGGCGAACGCGACGGACUACCUGUGCAACCAGUUCGCGGACACCACGACUGCGAUCGACUCGACGUACCUGCUCUUCUCCGCCUACCUGGUGUUCGCCAUGCAGCUCGGCUUCGCCAUGCUCUGCGCGGGCUCCGUCCGGGCCAAGAACACCAUGAACAUCAUGCUCACCAACGUGCUCGACGCCGCCGCCGGCGCGCUCUUCUACUACCUCUUCGGCUUCGCCUUCGCCUUCGGCACGCCCUCCAACGGCUUCAUCGGGAAGCACUUCUUCGGCCUCCGCGACGUUCCCCAGGUCGGCUUCGACUACAGCUUCUUCCUCUUCCAGUGGGCCUUCGCCAUCGCCGCGGCCGGGAUAACCUCCGGCUCCAUCGCGGAGCGGACGCAGUUCGUGGCCUACCUCAUCUACUCGGCCUUCCUCACCGGCUUCGUCUACCCCGUGGUGUCCCACUGGAUCUGGUCCGCCGACGGCUGGGCCUCCGCCUCCCGGACGUCGGGGCCGUUGCUCUUCAACUCUGGCGUCAUCGACUUCGCCGGGUCCGGGGUUGUGCACAUGGUUGGCGGCGUGGCCGGGCUCUGGGGCGCGCUCAUCGAGGGCCCCCGCAUUGGGCGGUUCGACCACGCCGGACGAGCGGUGGCGCUGCGCGGGCACAGCGCGUCGCUCGUCGUGCUGGGCACCUUCUUGCUGUGGUUUGGCUGGUACGGGUUUAACCCCGGCUCGUUCCUCACCAUCCUCAAGUCCUACGGCCCGCCCGGCAGCAUCCACGGGCAGUGGUCGGCGGUAGGCCGCGCGGCCGUGACGACCACCCUCGCCGGCAGCACGGCGGCGCUGACGACGCUGUUCGGGAAGAGGCUCCAGACGGGGCACUGGAACGUGCUGGACGUCUGCAACGGCCUCCUGGGCGGCUUCGCCGCGAUCACCGCGGGGUGCUCCGUGGUGGACCCGUGGGCGGCGAUCAUCUGCGGGUUCGUGUCGGCGUGGGUGCUCAUCGGGCUGAACAAGCUGGCCGCGAGGUUCAAGUUCGACGACCCGCUGGAGGCGGCGCAGCUGCACGGCGGGUGCGGCGCGUGGGGCGUCAUCUUCACGGCGCUGUUCGCGCGCAGGGAGUACGUGGAGCAGAUCUACGGCGCGCCGGGGCGGCCGUACGGGCUGUUCAUGGGCGGCGGGGGGCGGCUGCUGGGCGCGCACGUGGUGCUGAUCCUGUUGAUCGCGGCGUGGGUGAGCUGCACCAUGGGCCCGCUGUUCCUGGCGCUGAACAAGCUGGGGCUGCUGCGCAUCUCCGCCGAGGACGAGAUGGCCGGCAUGGACCAGACGCGGCACGGCGGGUUCGCGUACGCCUACACCGACGAGGACUCCAGCAGCAGGCCGGGCCGCGGCGCCGGCGGCAGCGUCGGAGGGUUCAUGCUCAAGUCAGCGCAGACCUCGCAGGUCGCGGCCGACGCCACGUCCCCGAGCAGCUCGGUCUAGUGAUUUACACUCUAAUAACGGAUACACGUAUUUCAUACACCUCGGUAUGUUUGCACGCACAAAUGACAUGCGUGCAAGUGCAACGCCUCGGUAUGUUUGCUCUUUUUAUGUUGGGUUGGGUCUCGAACUCCUCAACGUUUGAUGCUACGUGAGUACUACUACGUGAUUGUAUAAUAAGAUCCACGGGGGGAAGUAGUCUCCUAUUUUUUUUC